AUGGGCAGCGACCGGAGCGCGCCCGGACGGCCGGGCUGGGCGGUCAGUGUCCUCGGCGGCCGGGAGGCGGCGGCGCGGCCGCGACUGCUGCCGCUGCUCCUGGUGCUUCUGGGCUUCCUGGGCCGCGGCGCGGCGGCGGAGGACGCAGAAGUCAACGCCGAGAACUGGCUGAGGCUCUACGGCUACCUGCCCCAGCCAAGCCGUCACAUGUCCACCAUGCGCUCCGCCCAGAUGCUGGCCUCGGCCCUGGCUGAGAUGCAGCGCUUCUAUGGGAUUCCCGUCACGGGCGUGCUCGACGAAGAAACCCAGGCGUGGAUGAAGAGACCCCGCUGUGGGGUGCCAGACCAGUUUGGGGUGCGCGUGAAAGCCAACCUGCGACGGCGGCGGAAACGCUAUGCCCUCACGGGGAGGAAGUGGAACAACCACCACCUGACCUUCAGCGUCCAGAACUACACAGAGAAGCUGGGAUGGUACCACUCACUGGAGGCAGUGCGGAGGGCCUUCCGCGUGUGGGAGCAGGCCACGCCCCUGGUCUUCCAGGAGGUGCCCUACGAGGACAUUCGGCUGCGGCGGCAGAAGGAGGCUGACAUCAUGGUACUCUUUGCCUCCGGUUUCCACGGCGACAGCUCACCAUUUGACGGCACAGGGGGCUUUCUGGCCCACGCCUAUUUCCCUGGCCCUGGUCUGGGCGGAGAUACCCAUUUCGAUGCAGAUGAGCCCUGGACCUUCUCCAGCACUGACCUGCAUGGGAACAGUCUCUUCCUGGUGGCAGUGCAUGAGCUGGGCCAUGCCCUAGGGUUGGAGCACUCUAGCAACCCCAGUGCCAUCAUGGCGCCCUUCUACCAGUGGAUGGACACCGACAGCUUCCAGCUGCCCGAGGACGACCUCCGGGGCAUCCAGCAGCUCUACGGCACCCCGGAUGGCCAGCCACAGCCCACCCGGCCUCUGCCCACUGUGACUCCCCGGCGACCAGGCCGGCCAGAUCAUCGGCCCCCCAGACCCCCCCAGCCACCACCCCCAGGUGGGAAGCCGAAGCGGCCCCCAAAGCCAGGCCCCCCAGCCCAGCCCCGAGCCACGGAACGGCCUGACCAGUAUGGCCCCAACAUCUGCGACGGGGACUUUGACACAGUAGCCAUGCUGCGUGGGGAGAUGUUCGUGUUCAAGGGCCGCUGGUUCUGGCGGGUUCGGCACAACCGUGUCUUGGACAACUAUCCCAUGCCCAUCGGUCACUUCUGGCGUGGCCUGCCCAGUGACAUCAGUGCUGCCUACGAGCGCCAAGAUGGACGUUUUGUCUUCUUUAAAGGUGACCGCUACUGGCUCUUCCGAGAAGCAAACCUGGAGCCUGGCUACCCUCAGCCACUGACCAGCUAUGGCCUGGGCAUCCCCUAUGACCGCAUUGACACGGCCAUCUGGUGGGAACCCACAGGUCACACCUUCUUCUUCCAGGAGGACAGGUACUGGCGCUUCAAUGAGGAGACGCAGCGUGGAGACCCCGGCUACCCCAAGCCCAUCAGUGUCUGGCAAGGGAUCCCUACGUCCCCCAAAGGGGCCUUCCUGAGCAACGAUGCAGCCUACACAUACUUCUACAAGGGCACCAAGUACUGGAAGUUCGACAACGAGCGCCUGCGGAUGGAGCCAGGCUACCCCAAAUCCAUCCUGCGGGACUUCAUGGGCUGCCAAGAACACGUGGAGCCGGGACCCCGAUGGCCCGACGUGGCUCGUCCACCCUUCAACCCCGACGGGGGUGCAGAGCCCGGGGCGGGCGGGGACGGCGAGGAGGGCGAGGAGGAGGGGGGCGAGGCUGGCGGCGCGGGGGACUUCGGGGAUGGGACCGACGCGGACGGGGGCAGCCGCGUGGUGGUACAGAUGGAGGAGGUCACGCGGACGGUGAACAUGGUGCUGGUGCUGGUGCCGCCCAUGCUGCUGCUGCUGUGCGUCCUGGGGCUCACGUACGCGCUGGUGCAGAUGCAGCGCAAGGGCGCGCCGCGCGUUCUCCUCUACUGCAAGCGCUCCCUGCAGGAGUGGGUCUGA